AUGGCUUCUAAUGGUAAUAUUAACAACUACGGAAACCUAGAUGACGCUUUUGAAACUUAUAUUGAUAUGGAUUUCUUGAGAAAUAAUACAGCGCAGGAAGAUGAUGAAACCAACAAGAACGGCGACAUGUCCACUUCUGAUCUUUUUCAAUAUUUUUUUGAAGGCAAACUUGUAAAAGACGAAUCAAAUGAAGCUUCUUCCUCCAUGGUCUAUCAACCUUCUCUUAUCCCAGAAGACUAUAAUUUGAUUUCAAAUCCUCUUGUUAUGAAUGAUCAAGUUACUUCUGUACCAACCAUCGACAACAUAAACUUACUAACUCAACCUCAACCAAUAACCUCUAAUACUUCAGUUGAGACUUCACUGCGCAAUCAAAGAAAUGGAAGCAUUGUCAAAAUUUUGAAAGUUUCAGUUUCAACGUAUCGCACUGGGACUAGUGAAGUUAGCGAAUAUACUUCAACAAAAUUACAUCAACAAAUGUAUGGUGUUUUUGUAAAUCAUGUUGUAUUACAAAAAGAUAUUUUAUAUUCAAUGGUCAUUACCAUAAAUCUAGAAAAAUUGAUAGAAAAUGAAAAACUGGUUGGUGAGAUUAUUAGACAAGCUGUUAAUCUUUUCAAAAUCGAAGAUGCAAGAGCCUGUUUCUCAUCGAAAAAUAAAGCAAGCAUCAAUACCUUUAUGAUAUAUGCAGCUUGGGAUGAAAACGAGCUUGGAGAUUUAUAUGUUGAAAUUUGA